GAACAAGCCUCACCUUCCUCUCUGUUUGUACUCAAGGCCAAACAAACGCUUCUCACGUACUCUUUGGAAAACCAGAAAUUCUCGGUCAGCACAUUGACAGACAUUGCAACAUUCGAGGCAUUUGUGUUUGAGCCGCUGCAAAAAUACCACGUCGUUUUUCUCCACAAAGAGGAGAAGCGAAGAUCGUACAUCGAUCUUUAUGUCAAUGGCGACUUUGUACAGUCAAUCAAUUUGGCAUACAAAAAAUCAGAUCAUGCCACGUCCUUGGAUAUUCAGGGAAUUCACGGGAUGUACUUCGAGCUGAUGAACUUACUGGUUCUGAGCGAGCGCGUCAGUUAUGGUUGGAUUCUCUUGUCUUACCACCUGGGCCCGCUGUUUGCUGGUACUUACCAGGGCUAUCAUUUUGAGCGCUGUCUUUCGGAAAAGUCAAAGCUGGUGAUGAACUUGAAACUUCAAGAAAAUAUGGACGCCAAGGCAUUGAAAGAUAUCAUGAUUAGCCCCGGCUCCAUCCUAGUUGAUGUCAAUGCCAACUCCUCAGCAGAGAUCGGUUCCACCAUUCAUUGGAAACCAAAGUUGCUGCUGAACUCACUGUAUUCGAUUGGGGGCAUGGUUAUUUGUUUGCGUUUGUUAGAGACAGCCAAAACGUCUAGCUCACUCGUCGAAUCUCUCGACUUUCUAUUUGCCGUACUGUCAAAAGACCCACUUUCGAAACAAGAGUUUGAGAUGAACGCCGGUUACAAUAUCGUGGCUACAAUACUGAAAACAAAAAAGGUUCUUUUGAACCUGACGGUCUUAGAUUCCAUUUUGCGUUUUGUUGGAUACAACGAAACGUCUCCGAUAGAAUCAAUUCUGGCCAACGCUCUUGCUUACCGAAUCCUCAUAGUGGAUUUCGAGAUAUGGAAGCCAACUUCCAUUGAUCAUGUUGGAGACGCUUCCGUAAGAGAUACCUUCAAAUUUCUCCUGUUUCAAUUCUCUGUCUUCGCUCAUGAUAGUCGCUACCACAGCUACAACAUCCAACAGUUGGUCGACAUGAGAAUAAUCAAACGGUUUGUGCAGGCUAUGAAAUAUGGUUUGUUUGAGGAGGCAGUGCUGCCCUUAUUACACGACACAAUCUCAAUACUGGUGAGAAAUAACCCUUCUACAGAAUCAUUCAAGGCUCUAUCCUUAUAUGUGAUAUACUCCCUGAAAAUCGAGGAUUCGGGAGGUCUACAGCGAAAAUGUGGACUAAAUGUUCUGCGGGCCAUCCAAUCUGUGGUAGAAGAUCCCUCAUUAAUGUCGAACGUCCAUGGCUACAAAAUCAUAAUGAAAUCCAUAUCCACAAAGUGGAUACUAUUGCUCCUUGAUAACGACAAUUCUGAUGUGGUGAAAAUCAGUUUGAGGCUCUUGAAGCGUGUUUUGCUAUUUAGCACCAGGACUUAUAAGUCCUUUGCUGACGAAACUAGUCUCUUGCUGCUUUACAAGUUGUUGAAAAAGUGGGACAGCAAUUUUGAGGUGAUGAAUCUAAUCAUGGCUCUAGCGUUCAGAAAGCAUUCUACAUCAGAUCAAAGCGAGGUCGUCAUGCCCGAAUUUCUGGUACUAAUGAACAUGUUAUUAUCUGAGUCAGAGUUAGACCCAGAUACCAUUUCGUUGUAUGUGAGGAAAAUUCGACACCUGCUUGAUUCGAAUAUCUUUUUCAAAAUGGUGGUUUCAAAUCAUAUACAGUGGCUCCAAACAUUUCUACAUCUUGUUUGUAAAAUCAAAGACAAGCAUGAUAUCUCAAUCAUAGCUCCUUACAGAGAGUUUAUUGGAGAAUUAUUUAAGGAGAAGCUCGAAAGAAAUGUCAAGAAAACAGAGUCAUUAACAGUGGACGCACUUCACCAGAAGUUCCCUGCGGCAUUCAUAUCCACUAUACUUCCCGAGAUUCUGAUACGCCUCAACGAGCUCAAUCCAAUUUGUCGCACACAGUUUGUUUCCAAGUUGCUUCCAAGAAUGCUGGAACUGGAGAAACUCUACCAAAUUGAAGAAGCCGAUUAUUAUUUAGUGUUAGAAAAACUAAGUCCGAUGCUGAGCCUUGAAGAAGACUUAAAGCAAAAAAGUGUAAAGAGGCAUUUUUGUGACUUCUUUACGGAACUCCUUGCGAAGGCAACGUUCAAGGAAAAGGAAAGCAAUGGGACCGCAUUCAAAGAAACGAAAACUUGCUGCUCUGUGCUCAUGGCCAACCAGAGACUAUUCUCAAAAUAUGCAGGGAAUGAGAAUUUGUCUGUUAUAGUUGCGUCUUUAUUUCAGUGCAUGGCUCUUUCCGACGACUCUCUAUCGAGCUUAAGUCUGAACUGUCUUCGGAUUCAGCUCAUGAGUGAUCUGCGACCAACGAUUGCGUGCUUAUCAUCAAACAGCAGCAAGAGGGCCAGAUUAGUGGACUAUUUUGAAAAGUUUCUAUCGCUGGAUGACGGAGAGAUCAGGGAUAUUUGGGAAAACGAUUCUAGUCUUCGCAACAUAAUCAACGCGAAAUAUGAGAGUUAUAUUUUGGAGAUCCGAAAACAGCAGGGAAAAUCAACUAUUAGGAAGGCAAUGGAUGAGCUGGCUCCUAUUUGGCUCAUAGAGAACAGCAACAAAAUAGAAAAGAUUUAUAACAAGGAGAUCAUGCUCUUGGGCAAGACAAUAGAACAGGCAGAAACUAAGAAGUUUAAUAGACACAUACAAGACGAUUUGGACGAUCUUAACUACUUUGUUUCUGUCUUCAACGACAUCAAAUCGCAGCUUCCAGUGGAAAACUAUAAAUUCUCAACUGUUUUGGACUCUACCGAGGGCCCUGACCGAAUGCGAAAGCGGAUGAUUAAACAACUCUGCCUGACAGAUGAUGACAUCCCCACAGAGGAGAGUUCUGGACUGGAAUACGAUGACCUGGCUGAAGAAUACGGCCUGCUCUCAGAACAAAUGGAUCUCGAUUUGGCACAGGAGGACAAGAACCGCAAAAUCCUCCGGAGCUUGUAUGUUGGGGAUAAAAUAGUUGAGAUGCUCAAUGUGACACAGAUCUUAGGCCUUGAGACACUGGAAUCAAUUUUCAUUCUGGGGCAAUCUCAUAUAUACAUGAUUGGCAAUUACUUUCUCACCUCAGAUAAGAAAGUUGUGGACUUAAGAGAUGCUCCUCCAGACGAGAGAGACUCGUACGUUCAGCUCAUCACGGGUAACAAUUCGAGAGUUCCAUCAUCGCAACAUCAGACCAAGACGUGGGAGCUCGCAAAGUUUGCUUCCAUCAGCAAGCGCACGUUCCUACUGCGAGACGUGGCUUUGGAAUUGUUUUUCAUUGAUGGCUCUAAUUUUCUCAUCACUUGCUCUUCUAAGGAAACGAGAGAUGGACUUUUCAACGUAUUGUCUACUAAGGCGUCGGCCAAGUAUCCUGACACGAUUCUAGAAGACGCUCUCACUUUGGCAUCCUCAUCCUCGUUAACUAUUGGUGCCAAGCUUGUCAGUGCAAUUACGUCGGUGGCUUCAGCGACGACUCUCAGCUCGUUAACAAAGAAAUGGGAAAAGGGCGAAUUAUCGAACUUCUAUUAUCUUAUUCUAGUGAACACGCUUGCGGGUCGCACCUUCAACGAUCUGACCCAAUAUCCUAUUUUUCCGUUUGUCAUUGCGGACUACGAAAGCGAGGAGCUGGACCUGACCAAUCCUGCCACUUUUAGAGAUCUCGGAAAGCCGAUGGGGGCGCAGACAGAGAAAAGAGCAGCACAAUUUAGAGAAAGAUACGAUGCCUCGGCUGAGAUGUCGCCCGACUCGCCGCCAUUCCAUUAUGGAACACAUUAUUCGUCUGCAAUGAUUGUCACCUCUUAUCUUAUUCGCGUCAAGCCGUUUGUGCAAUCGUAUUUGUUACUUCAGGGAGGCAAGUUUGAUCAUGCUGACAGGACGUUUCACUCCAUGGCGAAGACGUGGUACAGCGCCUCCCGGGACCAUACCACAGAUGUCCGGGAACUAAUCCCCGAGUUUUAUUACCUGCCUGAUUUCCUGCUCAAUUCCAACAAUUUUGAAUUUGGCUAUUUACAAGAUGGAACCAAAGUUGGCGACGUGCGUCUGCCUCCUUGGGCCAAGGAUGAUCCUGUAAUAUUUGUGGAGAAAAUGCGACAGGCUCUAGAGAGCGACUAUGUUUCUGAGCAUCUACACGAGUGGAUCGAUCUUGUGUUCGGGUUCAAGCAGAGGGGGAAACACGCAGUAGACUCGCUGAACGUGUUUCAUCAUCUGAGUUACCAGGGCUCUACGGACCUGGAUAAAAUUCAAGACGAGAGAGAAAGAAAUAUCAUAGUGAGCAUUAUACACAAUUUUGGGCAGACGCCUGUUCAGGUUUUCCACAAACCUCAUCCGCGGAAGCAAUCUCAAAUGAAGGUAAAGUUUGACCCCACAAAACUGUUUGAGUUGCCACUAUCAAUUAUCAAUGUUCCUUUUAGCAUAGACACUAUAGAGUUUGAUUUUGACAAAAUGGAAUGGCGACCUCGAGACCGUUUCAGCAGAGGUAGCCAACAUCUCAGAUUGCAGCUAGUCGGCCGCAACUCGGUGAUGGUGAAUAACGUUAUAUUUGAGAACGUGAGCACCAGCAUGAUCUCCGCGUUUGGUAUUCUGAGCUUCGAUGAGUUCGUGAUUGGUUUUGAAGAUGGGACUCUACAAAUAUACAGGCUAACGUCGCACAAGUUGGCAAGCAUGAAAAAUGCCCAGAAAAUAAAUAUGAGACAACCUGCAGAGACGAGCUGGGGACGAGAAGCUGAGGAGGUGAUCCAACUUGGAGUUUUACGAGGACAUCGUUCCAAAGUGUGCCAGGUCAGAAUAAAUACUUUAUACUCGAUUCUCCUAAGCUACAGUGAGGAUGGAACAGUCAAGCUGUGGGACCUUCUACAACGAAAGCUUAUGCGAGACGUCUCUGAGGAUGGCAAGCUUAUUGAGAUAUCUAAUCGGCAUGCUCUCAUUGCAGUGGUGGAGAGAAAGAACACGCUGAGACUUGAGACGAUCAACGGAUUGUUGCUGCUGGAGCAGCCUCUGGACGAAGAAUGUCUAUCCAUCACCUUUGGUGAUGCAAAUUUCAACCAAUUUACAGACAUCGAACACCGCGACUGGACACACCAUUCCAUUUUGGCUCUUGGUUUCCGGGGUAAAAUGAGACUAGUGGAAUUGACAUUGGAACAAAGUUGGAGCAUCAAGAUUCUACGCGAACUAAACAUGUUUGGAGAUUUGGAGAUCACUAGCCUCAAACUCAAACUCAAGGUGGAGCUCAACGGUGAAGGCCAAGUCACUGGACGCGGAGAGCUGGCAGCAGCCAGCAAAGAUAAAUUAAUGAUAUGGUGUUGAUGGUUAUUAUAUAUUGCAGAAUCUAUCUUACCGCUUUGAGCCCCAUCGAUCGUAGCAAUAGAGGCCAACAGCAACAUGAACCAGACCAGUGAUCUCCAGCAAGGAGAGUCUUUUGCCAGUAAUAAUCAUGCUCACGCUGAUGAUGACUAUUCUUUUCAUCAUGGCUGCGAUCGAGUACGUAACAGUGGGCAGCAGUGCAAGAAUAUGGAAUGCCAGCAAUGAUUGACUGAAAUGACUAAUCCCGUUCAGCACCAGCAUGGUCCAGGGUAUGAAACCAUAGUUAGGGGCAGAAGUGGAUUCAGAAACUUUUCGCACACCGAAAAGUAGCUCGCAGCUUUCGUAUGUGAUGAAUGCAGGUAUCGAGUAUAGCAUCCCAUACGUGGCACAAUAAAUAAGCGUUGUAAGUUUAUCAGGCUUAUCAAAAGCGAUCUCGUAGUCUCCAGUCCGUUCGGGCUUAAUAUGUUCUGAAGAAGAAGGGUACUUCUCAACAUCGGAAUUCACCGACGACUCCCUGCUGAUCGCAAGCGACCCGGGAUCUCGAGCCGCAGAGUAUGAUGACGGAGUGACCACGUUUUUGGCGUAUAUCGAUUGACCAGCAAAAAUGACAGUUGACGCAAACGCAAAUGCUAUACCUUUGAGAUAAUCGGACUUCUCUAGAAGCAUUACUCGCAGCAUGGUUUUUUCUCCAUCCUCCUGGCUGCUGAGUUGCGGGUCCGAUAUGGCGUCCCUUGUGGAGUCUUUAUCUCCAGACUGCGACACGACGAUGAUAACAACGCCUAGAACCAACGGAAUGAGAGAUAGAUAGGUGUAAGAUGGGAAGCGGACUUUGUAGUAUAUGCGGUAUCCCAUAACCGUCAGCAGAGGACUUAGGGCUCUUAUAGACGAGACGGUGGCCACGGGACAUAACGAUGUUGCGGCAAGGCUCAGCAAUUUUCCAACAAAUUGGAAAGUGCCCAUGGGGAAGAAAACCCUCAGUAAUCGUCGAUUAAAAACAAAACCUGUCCCGGGCCUUGAACUUCCCGAAAUAGUGGAUUUCAAUUGCGGGAAUCUCCCGAGAAGAAAGAUAGUGAUGUGACCGAGUAUGAGACUGCACAGGAACUGAAACUCGCCCACAAAUACGGGGAAAUCGAAGUCGUUGAGGAUGUGCUUGGUCAACUGCGAAGUAAGACUGGAGAUGAAGUACCAGGAGCAACAGAGCGAUACCACUUUAAAGUCAAAGAGGCCGCUUUUUAGAACUCUGCGUGUUGUUUCAGCCACAGGCAUGGAUCUCAGCUGGUUGGUCGCUUGCAAGUUUAUAAAUCCAUGUGAUCCGGUGCCUAGAAUUGCAUCCAAAUUUAACAAAACAAUUUUUUGUCCAGGUGUGGCGCAGGGCGAAUUAAUUUAGCUGUGAUCAACAGCUCUAAGCACGCUUUGCCUUGUUUUCGUCUUUGACGUGUUGUCGUGUUUCAAGCGCACGUUGUGUAAAUUCGGGAUCGAUGAAGCUUAUGAGUGUCGGUAGCAGUGCGAUCAAUGCCAUUGCGGCCAGCACAAGACCCAGGAUUGGAUACUGUUGGAAAAGUCCCCAGAAGGGGAUCACUUUUAGGAUGCUUGCAGUUUGGUCUUCUUCUGCAAACGACUUGAUGACAAUUGAGUCGGUAGUAAAGUUUAACUUGUUUUGAAGCGGAACCGGAUUGGCAGUAGCGGCGAUUCCGGGGUACACUUCAAAGACUUCGAAAUCACCAUUGACCUCGACACGAAAGAAAUUGGUCUUUGAGAGAGCAAAGUCAAGCGACCGUAGUACAAAUGAGUAGUUACCGGGCUCUAGAUCUAUCGU